GUGACGCAGUGCGCAUCGCCAGGUCCUUUGCGUUACCUCAUAGACAGGCUGUCAAGCGGUCACACCGAUGUAAAAAAUACUCAUGGCAAUUAAGUGUUUGAGCAAGAUUCUAUCUUAACUCACAUGACAGCAAUGUUACGGGUUAUUGUUGGAUGUUGAAAAAGCAAGCUUCCUCAUUAUUUUGGUGAGCUUGCACACUUGCGUGUCGUUACAAAACAAAAGGCCUGAUCUGCUGACCGACUUUAGCUAGCUAGCUUGCUAGGCCAAACACUGCAGCAUAGCUGCUUGCUAGCUAGUUAGCUGGUAACUAGCUAAGUGUUGUUGGGUGCUUUCAAAUUGCUUCGAUUAUGGCGGAACAGAACGCGACGGCAAUGCAACAAAAUUUGGACAGGAGCUGCUGGGUGUGCUUCGCCACGGACGAGGACGACCGCACGGCCGAAUGGGUGCGUCCGUGCCGUUGCCGGGGCUCCACGAAGUGGGUGCAUCAGGCGUGUCUGCAGCGCUGGGUGGACGAGAAGCAAAGGGGCAACAGUACGGCGCGCGUAGCCUGUCCACAGUGCAACGCCGAGUACCUCAUCGUCUUCCCCAAGCUGGGUCCCGUGGUGUAUGUUCUGGACCUGGCUGACAGGCUCAUCUCCAAGGCCUGCCCCUUCGCCGCCGCCGGCAUCAUGGUGGGCUCCAUCUACUGGACAGCCGUCACGUACGGGGCGGUCACUGUCAUGCAGGUGGUGGGCCACAAGGAAGGUCUGGAUGUGAUGGAGCGGGCGGACCCCCUGUUUCUGCUCAUCGGCCUGCCCACCAUCCCGGUCAUGCUGAUCCUGGGCAAGAUGAUCCGCUGGGAGGACUACGUGCUGCGCCUCUGGAGGAAGUACUCCAACAAGCUGCAGAUCCUCGACAGGAUCUUCCCAGGGAUUGGCUGUCCGGUGCCCCGAAUCCCCGCGGAGGCCAGCCCCCUCGCCGACCACGUGUCGGCCACUAGGAUCCUGUGUGGCGCCCUGGUCUUCCCCACCAUCGCCACCAUCGUGGGAAAGCUGAUGUUCAGCAGCGUCAACUCGAACCUGCAGAGGACCAUCCUGGGAGGUAUUGCCUUUGUGGCCAUUAAGGGGGCGUUUAAGGUGUACUUCAAGCAGCAGCAGUACCUGAGGCAAGCCCAUCGUAAGAUCCUCAACUUCCCCGAUCAGGAGGAGGCCUGAGGAGGAGGGUUCUGGCUGGCAGGCAGGGGGAGCACAUGGCAGUGAACAGUGAGUAGGAAGACUGGACGAUGGGCUCGGUGGUACCCCCUGCCUCCCCUGCCUCCCCUCAGCUCUGCUCUGUGGAGUCUUCUAUCCACGCUGCUGCCAACACUAUCAUUACUGUGCUGUCGUUUGUUUAGUUAAUAAAACUCUCAAAGCUUCACAUGGAGUAGACAGACGGACUAUGAAGACUUUAUCUUACGAAUGUGUGUGUGCAGCGUUGCGCUCAUUGACAAAACACACUCUCUCAUGCACACAAGCUUUCAUUUCCCUUGAAUGUGACGUUGUUUUGUCACUGCAGUGUUGGAGUGGUAAGUUCGGAGUGGUUGCUUCUUCUUUUUUUACCACGUAAACAACAACUGUUGUAUUUUAAGAGGCAAUUUAAUAUGUGGCACGUGUAAUUAGAAAGUUUUGUAGUUAUCAAAGAUUGUUUUAUAAUGUUAAUUUUUGCCGUUUUGAAAUUACCUUUGCCAAUGUUAAGGGUGUUAUGUUCAGGAAUAUUGUUUUCUUGUAUGUAUAAAAUGUUUUUUUUAAGUCAUUAAUAAUUAUAAAAAUAUCACUUAAGGAUAAUUGAAAUGGGUUGAAAUCACAGUGAACCAUAUAGCUUGUAGCUCUCAUAACCUGACUCUUUACUUCCUCUAGAACAGUCCUAUAAUACUCAUAUAGAAUAAGUAUCAAUACUUAAUCAUUUACUAAAGUGCAAACCUGAUAAGUGAAAAAGGUGUAAGUAAACUGUAUCAUGUUGAAAGAUUAAUGAGUGCAAACCUGAUAAGUGAAAAAGGUGUAAGUAAACUGUAUCAUGUUGAAAGAUUAAUGAGGAGGGUCUUUUUUUACACAAUAUGCCUUGAAGUGUCUCUUUUUAGCUUUAUAUCUCAUUUUGUUGACGUUCCUGUUGAGUGAUACUCUUUAUAAUACCUCAGUGGACCCUUAUUACAGAGACGGAUCACUGGCAUUUCUCCUAUAAAUCCCCCUUAUGGCUGUGUCAGUGUGUCCGUCAGUCUGUGAUCAGGAGCUCUGAGAGGCUGUAUGGAGGUCUGCAUUGGUACUUGGUGGUGGAGGAUAUGCUUCUGAGGAGAGCUAGCAGAAAGCUUGGUAGCACUGACAUCAGCUCCAUGACCCUUCGAUUGUGAAGGUCUUGGGUGUUACGACUCCUUUGAAAACCUAGUCCGCUGGUGCUUCCGUAUGUGAUGUCGCCUGUUGAAGACUUAACGUUUGUGCUUCAUUCAUCUCACCUUAACUGACAUUCACUUUAACAACUCACAUGUUCAGUUAUAUACUGUAGUACUGCCUCUUUAUAGUUAUUCCUGAAUUUGAAAGGCUUGCCAUAAACCAACAAACCACUUGAAUAUCUAUUGUGCACAGCUCUAAGCUGUGCCUGGUAGACAGAUGAACUAGUCCAAAGGUCUGCAAAUAUGAUCAGCUUGGCUUCUCAACUACACAAACCCAUGAAAGAAAGUCAAGUAUGCCAAAAGAAUGACAUCGAAGUUGUAUAAAUGUGUUGUACAGACAUUGCUUGGGAAUUUAGUUUCAUGGUCGAUUGUCAAUAAAUGUAUUUUUUCAAAUCUUAA